UGGCGGCACUGCACCUCUAACUUGUAGCGAACGCUGAUUUUUGUUGUUGCUAUUUUGGGGGGUUUACCUGUAAAUAUUCCGACGGAAGCGAACCCUGUUAUGGAGACCGCUGUCAUCACAGGUGUGUACGAAAAUGUCAUCACGCCGUCAACGCCGCUCUCUGCUGCCGUGAGGGAAGAGAAGCUUCUGGAUACCAAAGUCUUCACUGUUACGGCAGAGUGGAGUCAGACUGACCUGGUGCGUGGGUCCAGGCUUCGCUUCCUGCAGCAGUGGACUCUGGUCACCGACCCAAAUGACCCGAGGAGCAUCACAAGCGUCUCGCCUCCAGGACCAUGUGUGCCAGUGAGCGGAGAGAUCCUCAGCUCCUUCUCUCCAGUCCAGAACCUGCGCGCCGUCAUCAGGGAGGCGGGAGCCCACCAGCUCCUGGAGAUCUGGGACGCGCACGGCCUGCAGAAGUGUCUGAACCUGACAGCGCUCAACAAGCACGGGCGAGUGUACGAGGAUGCUCAGUUCGGUGCUCUGUCCUGGUCCCACUGCGAGAACUGGCUCCUCUACGUGGCUGAGAGGAGCAGAAGCGCUGCUAAAGCGGAGCGAGAGUCCGCCUGGCCCAAGGACCGCAGCGUGUACUGCGAGGACUGGGGAGAAGCUCUGAGCAACAAGAGCACCCCGGUGCUGUGCGUGCUCCACCUGCAGAGUGGGGCGCUCCGGGUGCUGGACGGGGUCCCAGCAGAGGUCUCCCCUGGACAGGCUCUGUGGGCUCCUGGAGGCCAGGCUGUCAUUUUCGUGGGCUGGUAUCAUGAACCCUUCCGACUCGGACUCAAGUUCUGCUCCAACCGCAGGUCCGUGUUGUGGCGGCUGGACCUGGAGGGUCACUGUGAACGUCUCUCUGGAGAGAACCUGGCCGUGUCCAGUCCCAGACUGAGUCCGGACGGCUCCCUGCUGGUCUACCUGCAGGCCCAGGUCUUUGGGCCGCACAACCAGUGCUUCAGCCUGCAGAUGCUGGACCUGAAGAGCUCGCAGACAUCAACGCUCGUAGACGUCGUUCAUCGCCCCAAAACUGGGGAGUUCGCCGGCCUGUACGAAGCUCUGCCGGCCCACUGCUGGUCUGCAGACAGCCAGAGAGUGCUCUUCAGCUCAGCCUGCAGGAACCGGAAGGAUCUGUUCGUGGUGGACAGAGCAUCCAGGGAAGUCCGCUCCCUCUCUGAUAGUAAGCCUCUUCCUGUCCACCCGCUCUCCUCCUCUCAGUCCUUUCUUUUCCCACCUCCUCCCACACCUCACCUCUCUACUCCUGUCCACUUCUGGCCUCCUCAUCCUCCCCCGUCACCGGCUCCCCUUCCUCCUCCCCCCUUUCCUUCACUAGAGCCUGCUCCUCUUUCUCCUCCUCUGGAUGCUUUCAAAACACAUGUAGAAGGACUCUCAGAGGAGAACCAGGCCUUUGGAAGCUGGAAGCUACUGACGGUCCAGAACGACGUGAUGGUGGUCUGCUGCUCCAGCCCCUGCACUCCCCCGACUCUGCGUGCAGCUGUGCUCCCGACAGACGGAGGAUCUGUGACCUGGAGGACGCUGCAGGAGCCGCUCAGAACCUUUGACUUCCAGUGGAGCAGUCUGGACGUGGAGCCUGGCCCAGACGAAGAGAACAGACACUAUGCUGGUCUGGACUUUGGAGCGAUUCUGGUCAAACCAUCCAGAACCGUCAGAGACGAGAAGAGUCCCCUGGUGGUGUUUAUACACGGAGGACCACACUCUCAGGCUGCUGCGGAGUGGAGCUGCAUCACUGCUGGGCUGGCUGCUCUUCACUUCGCCGUGCUCAUGGUGAACUACAGAGGCUCGACUGGCUUCGGUCAGGACAGCAUCCUGUCGCUGCUGGGUGGGAUCGGCCGCCAGGACGUGAGCGACGUGCAGCGAGCAGUGUUGACGGCACUCCACAGUGACCCCACCCUCGAUGCCAAACGGGUGGCUGUGAUCGGCGGGUCUCACGGAGGGUUCCUGUCCUGUCACCUUGUGGGCCAGUACCCCAACUUUUAUGGCGCCUGUGUGGCCAGGAACCCCGUCAUCAAUGCAGCCACUCUGGUGGGAACCAGCGACAUCGUUGACUGGCGCUACACCAGCGUGGGGCUGCCCUACUCCUACACCCAGACCCCCACUGCUGAGGCGCUGGCCACCAUGCUGGAGAGGUCUCCUAUCACUCACGUGGACCAGAUCUCAGCUCCAGUGCUGCUGAUGCUGGGGGGCAGAGACCGGAGGGUGUCACCUCACCAGGGUCUGGAGCUUCACAAAGCUCUGAAGAGCCGAGCGUCUCCAGUCAGGCUCCUGUGGUUCCCAGAAGACGGACAUUCUCUCUCCAGAGUGGAGACGCAGGCCGACUGCUUCCUCAACACAGUGCUGUGGCUGCAGCAGCACCUGUGAGAAACCAGAGAGCGCACGCUUGAAUAAACCUUCCUCCUGACUGAAGCUCCUCACUGCACUGACUCUUUCACUCCUGAGCAGCACCUUUUACACACACUACUCAGAAGACCGGAUGGCUUUAAGCAGAA